AUGGAGGCAGGCGAUGGUGGAUCACGAGCUCGGCACGUCUCUGGACAAGACUUCCUUGCCUUAACUCAAGGCAAGCCCUCAUGCCAGCCACGGCGACGAGAAAUUGAGCCUGCAGGCCGGCCUGGUCGGCCAAUUCGAAAGCCUGUGAGACAAGCAAUCGGCAUUGGGUUGGAUGACUUGCCUUUCCUGGACAAUUGGGCAUUCCCUUUCAUCAUCUGGGGGGGAUGA